AUGAUCAAUCCAUCUGCGACAGCUCCUGUUCGAAUUUUACCAAAUAAUAAAGUAUAUAGACAAUUAUUUGAAGCACAAGUACAAUUAAGUGAUGCUUAUAAUCGAGUACGAAAUAACCAAUUAUCACAAUCUGUUAACAUCACUUCACGUCCAAAUGCUGUACCACUUAUACGAAAUUUCAAACCACAUGAAACACAGAAAAAAAAAUGGUUGACAAGUAUGUCAUUUAGUAAUGAUUCUAGUAUUAAUCCAAUAACAAUUUCAUUUCAUGAUGAACGAAAACGACGUCAAAAUGAACGACAACAACAAUUAGAUGAAUUAAAACGUGAAGUUUUUAAUUUACCUGAUAAUAUUGAAUAUAUUGAAACUGAAAAAAAUGAAAAUAUUAUUGAUGAUACUACUAAGAAAGGAAAUAUAACUGAACGAUUAGCAUCUAAUCGAGAAACAAAAUAUAAUCAAUUAUGGGCGGAACUUUUAGAGAAAAUAUCUGAAACUAAUCAAAAUUUAUUAAUUGAACUUGAAAAAGUCACGCGACAAUGUAAUACGUAUUAUGAACAAGGUGAUAAUGAAAUUAAUGAACAUUUACAAAAUCUAAUUUAUCGAAAAGAAAUAACAUCAUUAACAAUAAAGUCAUUUGAAUAUGCAUUUAAUGAACUUGAUCAAUAUCUUUCACCACGUCUUUCACAAAUUCAAGAAUAUUGUCAAUCAAUUGAAGAUCUUGAAUUAGAACGAAUUCAUAAAAUUCGUGAUUUAUUUAAAUAUUAUUCUGAUCGUUUAUAUAGAACACAUCAUUUAUCCGAUAAAGAUACUGCGUAUGAAUUAGAAAAACAAGCGAAUGAAUUAAAUACACACAUAUUUGAUAAUCGUCGAAUAUAUGCUGAACUUGAAGCAAAAUUAUUAGGAGGUGAAACUGUUCGGAUACAUCGAUAUCAAGCUGAACUUGUUAAUUAUCAAAACAAAUGGAGAGAUGCAACAUGGAUUAUACAUAAACAAACAUGGAUUUCAAAAUUAUCACAAUGUAGAGCAAAAUUAGAACCAACAAUUUUAUCAACAUGUGAAUCAAUUGGUACAGAUAUUACUACACAAACAAAUUUGUUUAUAGAGCAUAUACAUAAAUUAAAUUCAUUCGUUCCACCUACAUCAACACGUGAAAAUGCACAAAAAUGGUAUAAUCAAGGUUAUGAUAUAGCUAAUAAAAUAGUUAAUAAACGACAAGCACUCGUUCAGCAAAUAAAUGAAAUUAUUAAUAAUGAAAUAAAUUUAUUAGAAAAAGAAUCACAAUCAAUUCGAGAAAAAGUUCUUCAUACUCACGUUUAUAAUGAGGAACAAUUACAAGCUGCAUUUGAACGUGAUAUUGAACCAUUGUUUACAGAGCGAAAACAGUUUUUACAAGAAUCAAUUCUCAAUCGAACUAAGAUGGUCUAUGAACAAUUAACCAAUGUCAUGCAUGAAAUACUUGAUCGUCUCUUAAUAUUCAUAAAAUCUAUAGCUGAACAAUGGGAUGAUCAUCAAAAUCGACUUGAACAUGUUACUGUACAAUUACUUACUAUGAUCCAAGAAUAUCGACGACCACAUGAUCUUCAAAAUGAAAAAAAAUUAACAAAACUUGAUUCAACUUUGGAUGAAAUGCGAAGUGCAUCAAAUGAAACAGCAUUAGCACGUCUCUUGAAUUCUUCUAAUGAUCAAUUAGAAACUCUCAAAGCAAGUUAUGCACAAUUUUAUGAUGCAGAACAUUCAAUUGUAAAUAAAUAUUCAGAUAUGAUUGCUGAAGAAGUUAAUCGAUAUAAAAAUGAAAUGCUUAAUUAUUUUCAUGCUCGACAGAUCGAUGAAAAUAAAAUUGAUGAUCAUCCUUCAUCAGUACAUCAAUAUUAUACAACAUCAUUAACACGAACAACUUAUGAACUUCAAGGUUAUAUUAAUAAUGAAUCAGAUACUACACAACAAAUUAGUACAAAUAAUGAAAUCGAACAAUCAACAAAAUCACCAACACAAAGAAGAAAUUCAAAUACUGUUACACGUUCAGAAGAUGUAUUAAAUGAACAAGAUCAACCACAAAUGCAAACAUUUCUAACUGAAAAUCCAACAUUAUAUACAGAAACAUCAACAGAUGAAACAAUGGCUAUACCAUUUUAUGAAGCAUUUCAAAUACCAUCGAAUCUUGUGAAUUCUCUUAGGUUUAAUUUAUGUCGAGCUUUUCUUGAUUAUUAUGAUCAAUGGAAAGAAGAAACAAUACGACGAGCUAAUGCAAUUAUGUAUUCAAAACAUGAUGAAUUAGAUAAAGAAAUGGAUUUUCAAAUGCAUUUACAUGAACCAAGACGUGUACGAAUCGAAACUGAUAUACAUAAUGUCAGAGCAGCUGAAAUUGUUAUGCAUGACGAACGAGUUGAACGUCAUAUACGUGGUGUUCAAGAAACAUUAGAACAAAUUGAUGCUGAUUAUGGUCGAAUGUUAAAAGACUUUUCUAAAUCAAUCAGUACUUAUAAAGAUGAUAUAUUUAAUUUAGAACAAGUAUUUGUUAAUGCAACAACAAGUAAUCGUCUUUUAGCAUUACAAGAUCGUUUACAAAAACAACGUGAUACAUUAAUGAAUAAUAUACGAGUAUCAUUAAGAAGUUUUCGUAAACGUUUUGAUGAUUCUAUGCAAUAUUUACGACAAGCAAAUGCUAAAUUUCGAAAAUCAUUUAAAACGUUUUCUGAAGGUGGAAAUUUUAGUCGUGAUGAAAUUGAAAUCUAUAGAAAAAAACUUGAGAAAACAAUAUUUCAAAUAGAUAAAGCUGAAACAACUAUAUUAAAUGAAUUAGAAAAACUUGAAAAAAAACAAUUAGACGAAGCAUCUAAAAUAAUGACUCAAUUUCAGGAACGUUUUAAAAAUCAUAUGACUGAUUUGCAAUUUAUUGAAUUAACAAAUCGAUGGAUAAGUGAAACACAAGUUAAAAUCAAAAGUGAAGUUGCUAUUAAUAAUGAACAUGCACAAAUGCUUAAAACACUUAUUUUAACAUAUCAAGCUAAAAUUGAUUCGAUUCUAAAUCCAAAUUUAGAUAAACAAGUAUCAACAUUAAAUGAAAUUCGAGAACUUUUUCAUCAAAUUGUUUUAACUACAUAUGAACGAGCAUUAUAUUUAAAAUGUCUUAAUAAUGAAUUAACUAUACCAGCUUCACUUAUUACUAUUCUUAAAGAUAAAGGAUUAAUUACUGAAAAAGCAUUAGUUAAUGAUCUUGUUCAUGUUACUGGAACAGAAGAAACAAAUUUAUCUCGUCGUCCAUCACGAAUGAGUGCUGGUAUUGGUGGUAAUACUGAAGAAGUUAAAUCAGUUAAGUUUGCAUCAUCAUCAUCACCAACAACAUCAUCUUCUCGAAACAAAACAGAGUCAUCUACAUUAAUUGGUCUUACUGGUGGACAUUCAGAAGAUUUAGAUACAAUUUCAAUAAUACGAUCUCUUCUUCAUCAAGAAGAACUACCAGAUUCUGAUGAAAUUGUUGAACCAGGUGUACCUGCUGCUAUAGAACUGAACACACGUCCAAUUGUUUCUGAUUCUCCAACACCAUCAUCACAUGGAAAAAAAUCCAAACAAAAUGAUAAAAGUCAAAGUUUAUCAAAUAAAGAAUCAUCAAGUGAUGAAACAAGACCAGCUACUCGACGUGAUCGUCCAAUUCGUGCUAGAACACGUGAUGAAAUCUAUAAUCUUUAUUGUACAUUUGGUGAAAAAAAACAUACUGGUCAAGAUUUCUUAUCUAAAAUAUUAAAUAUUCUACGAGAAUCAACUGAAGGUUUAUUUACACAUUCUGAAAUAUUUUAUAGAGAUAAAGGUGUUCGUCCUGUAACACGUCCUCAAGCAUUACGUGAAAAAUUUGAUGAAUUUGCACAAGUGAUGAUAGAAAAGCUUAAAAAUUAUGAAGAACAAUGUCGUUCUUAUCAUGAAAAUUCAAUAAAUGAAUUUCGUAACGUACUUGAAUUAUUUGAACGUACAUCAACUUUAAUGGCUAAAAUUGAAUUUAAUGAACAAUUAUUUCAAGCUGAAGAAAUUCUUUUUAAUUGUAAACAACAAUUUGAUAUGACAUUAAAUAAAGAAUUAAAUGAAUCUAAUAAUGAAAAACAAAUAAAUUUUCAACAACUUCGUCCAACAUUUGGAGAUCCAGCAAAAAAAAAUCAUUUACAAACGAUUGAUAAUCAAGAAAAAUUACGUCAAGAUAAUGUACAAAAAAUAUGUAAUGAACUUCGAGCAAAUACAAUUAAAAAUAUUCAAAUAAAUUCACAAGAAACAAUUAAUUCAUUAGCAACAAAUGCUGAACGUUUAUUAAUUCUUUUUGAUGAAAUAUUAACAGCUGAUGAAAUAACACGAACAAAAUUACCUAAAGUCAAACAAUCGCUGUCGGAAUUAUUAAGACGUCAACAAACUGGAGGACCUUUAGAAGAUUCUGAACCAACUCCAUUAAUUGAACGUAAACAAGGUCAUUGGCCAGGUUUACCAUUACUUGAUGAUCAAUUAAAUCCACGACGUGACUCUACAAAAUCAAAAAAACGUUCAUCAAUAGCUACUCAACGACAAACAACAUCAGCUUCGAUUGUUACACAAAAAACAACAUUACCACAAAUUGAAACAAUAAAACAAAGAGAUCAAGUUUAUCAAAGAUAUAAAGAAAUAUUAAUUCAAAUAUUAGCUGACGUUGAAGGAGAAUGUUCAGCAGUAUUAGCCGAACUUGAUCGCGAUCGAUCAUAUUGGAAAUCAUCAAUUGAAAAAUUACAACAAUUAAGAACAAAUUAA